AUGUUUUUAUUAGAUACAGAAAAUUUAGCUAAGUGUCUUUUGUGUGCAAGUUACUAUAAUGGACGCUCGACAACAAGAACGCAUAUUGCACUGGUUGGAGGGGAGGAAGAGGAGAUUCUUGGUGGAGAGGAUGAUGAAGAUGGAAAUCAUAUAUACCCGGACGAAACAAGCGAACACAACACGGAUUCAGAGCAAGAAUGUGAUGAUGGUGAUCCAGAAACUCAGGAUCAUGUGUCAGAAUCGUCCGAAGACCAACAAAUGGAUGUAGAUAGUUCGGAUAGUGAUGAUAAUGAGCCAUUGAUCCACAUGUCAUCACAGAACUUUUAUUUUGUCAAAAAAAAAGAUAAAAGUGGCCACUAUAAAACAAUUUGCAAAUGGAGGAAGACACCGUACCCACAGGAUAUCAGAACAAGGAGACAGAAUAUAGUUACAGAGCAACCAGGCCCACAGGGUACAGCUCAGGCGGUGAGUAACCCCUUUGAAUCUUGGCUUUUGUUUUUGGACGUUGAUAUAUUGCAGCAUAUUGUGGAGUGCACGAAUAUAAAGAUAGCAUCUAUGCAGACAAAUUACGAGAGGCAGCGUGACUGUGAGGAGACCAAUAUCAUUGAGCUAAAAGCGUUAAUUGGUAUUAUGUAUCUGAUUGGUAUUCAUAAAUCGUCACAUGCUUUGAUUGAUGAUAUUUGGAUGACUGAUGGUACGGGGUUAGAUAAAUGCCGUGCUACUGCUGUCCAAGCAACGUUUUCGUUUUUUAUUAAGAGUCCUCCGAUUCGAUAA